CUUCUUAACCCGGCUCCCGGACGCCCGGGGCCAGCCUGAGCAGCGCGGGCUGCCGGAACAGGGACGUUAUGCCGGCGCCGUACGCGCGGAUCCUGGGACGCGGAGCCUUCUCCCUACGAAGCUGGUCCGCAGUGCCAGUGCGCUGGGCCCACGCUCCACGGGUGCUCCAUGGAGACUUGGGCAAACUCUCAGGGCGGGUCCAGGAGUUUGUGGAGCAAGGCGUGCGGCUCUGCCAGCCGGACAGCAUCCACAUCUGUGACGGGACGGAGAAGGAGAACGGCAAAAUCUUGAACUUCCUGGAGUCGGAAGGCGUCAUCAAGCUGCUGACCAAAUAUGAGAACUGCUGGCUGGCUAAAACUGACCCCAAGGAUGUGGCCCGGGUGGAGAGCCGAACCGUCAUUGUUACUGAGAACCAGAGGGACACGAUACCCAUCACUGCCCCGGGAGUCAAAGGGCAACUGGGCAACUGGAUGAACCCCAAAACUUUCCAGGGGGCGGUGGAUGACCGGUUCCCUGGUUGCAUGAAAGGUCGCACCAUGUAUGUGAUCCCCUACAGCAUGGGCCCGAUUGGCUCCCCCCUCUCCAAAAUUGGGAUCCAGCUCACGGAUUCGGCCUAUGUGGUUGCCAGCAUGCGCAUCAUGACGCGGAUGGGCACCGCGGCCCUGCGCACGCUCGGGGAAGGAGAGUUCGUCAAGUGCCUGCAUUCUGUCGGGCGCCCCCUGCCCCUUAGCGAAGACCUAGUGAACAACUGGCCGUGCAACCCGGGGAAGACAUUAAUCGCGCAUGUGCCGGAGCGCCGAGAGAUCGUCUCCUUCGGCAGCGGCUACGGGGGCAAUUCUCUCCUGGGGAAAAAGUGCUUUGCCCUGCGCAUCGCCUCGUGCAUCGCCAAGGACGAAGGCUGGCUGGCCGAGCACAUGCUGAUUUUGGGACUCACCAACCCGGAGGGGAAAAAGAAAUACGUCGCUGCCGCCUUUCCUAGUGCUUGUGGAAAGACCAACUUGGCCAUGAUGAAUCCUACCUUGCCUGGCUGGCGCGUGGAGUGUGUAGGGGAUGAUAUUGCCUGGAUGAAGUUUGACAGCGAAGGCUGCCUGCGUGCCAUCAACCCCGAGAAUGGCUUCUUCGGGGUGGCCCCGGGGACGUCCACUCGGACCAACCCCAACGCCAUGCACACCAUCCAGCGUAACACCAUCUUCACCAACGUGGCCGAGACCAGCGAAGGGGGAGUCUACUGGGAGGGGAUCGAUCAGAUGAUCCCCGAAGGAGUCACCAUCAGCACCUGGCAAGGGAAGCCGUGGAAACCAGGUGAUCCAGAGCCUGCUGCCCAUCCAAAUUCCCGUUUUUGUGCCCCGGCUCGCCAGUGCCCCAUUAUGGACCCGGACUGGGAAUCUCCCCAGGGUGUGCCCAUCGACGCCAUCAUCUUUGGGGGCAGGAGGCCGGCAGGGGUGCCUUUGGUGUACGAGGCCUUCAACUGGCACCACGGGGUCUUUGUGGGCAGCGCCAUGCGAUCAGAGUCCACGGCAGCAGCUGAACACAAAGGCAAGGUCAUCAUGCACGACCCCUUUGCCAUGCGCCCUUUCUUUGGUUACAACUUCGGCCGCUACCUGGAACACUGGUUGAGCAUGGAAGGGCGCAAGGGCGUCCGCCUUCCCAAGAUUUUCCACGUCAAUUGGUUCCGGAAAGAUGCUGCCGGGAACUUCUUGUGGCCAGGUUUUGGGGAGAAUUCCCGGGUCCUGGACUGGAUUUUCCGCCGGGUGGAUGGAGAAGCAAGUGCCCAAGAAACACCCAUUGGGUACAUCCCCAAAGAUGGUGCCUUAGACCUGUCGGGCCUAAGCAAGGUGAGCUACCAGGAGCUCUUCUCGCUGCCCAAGCAGUUCUGGGAACAAGAGGUCCGGGAAGUCAGACAAUAUCUGAUGGAACAAGUGCCCGAGGACUUGCCCAAAGAGGUCUUGAAAGAACUGGAAGCCUUGGAGAACCGGGUGAAGAAGAUGUGAGGGACCUGAACAGAAGAAGACGACGACCAAAAAAAAAGAAAAAAGACCAAAGAUUCUUCCCUGUUUCUUGGGGGGGUGGGCAGGGGGGAAGAGGAGAUAUCAGGGGGCUUGUUUACAAAAAUUCCGUUCCCCUUUUCUUACCAGCUAGGCCUCUCCAGACUCAGGUGUCCCCUAUCCUGUUUCCAUGGCCAGGAGAUGGCUACCAACUUCAUAGAGCCAUGCGUCCCUUCCUUGAUACCUCUGCUUCGCUUCCUUCCUCCAUGGCACUGUCAUUCUUCAGCUCUAGGGAAACGGGAAGGGGGUGAUCUUGCAUCUGACUGCAUCAGAUGGGUGUUGGUACCCUUCAGAGAUGAUGAUUCUCGUCUGCGCAUCUUCUCCAUAGGUGCUCCUGAGAGGUUCUGAUCUUUGACCAGCUGCCUUUUCCUUUUUCUUUUAACUUGGAAAAAUCAUUGGUAGAGAGGGAAGAAGGGGGGAACACUAGGGGGAAAGGAUAUCUAAGGCUAACAUGGAGGGCAGCCCCAGCAUUUAUCCUGAAUGCUGCAACUGUGCUAUCUUUGGAUGCAGAAACAAAAUUAUGCAUGAUACCUUCACAGCCUUGCCAUGAUUUGGACAUCAGUUCAGCUCAUUUAUCGAUUCUUGAUCUAUUGCUAACACCCAUUUUAAUUAGAAUAUGGCACAGGCCAUCAUCUUUAGCCCUUUUGUCUCUCUCAAUCUGCACGCCCAUUCCACACUGCCUUAUAUCGAGUCAAUUUGUUGAUCGGUCUUCAAGGCAAGGUUGCUUGCUCAACCCCACAGAGGUCCCUUGCGAUACGAAACGGAGGGGGACAUUUUCAUCUGAUGAAUUCCCUUCCUUGCCCAUCCAGUGUGUGAAUUAUUGCCCUUCAUUGGAUAGAUUUUAUAGAUUCCUUACAAAUCAGGACAAAUCAUUAAAGGUUUUUCUGCAUGUUGGGGGAGAUACGAGCCUUUCAGAAAGCCAGAAAAAAUCACGAAGCUGUGCAUGACGACAAAUCAAACCGUUGAACUGAUGAAGUCAUCUUGCCCACUCUGGCAACAUCAGCGUCCGGUACAGUGUUUCUGCUCUCCAAUUCUUGCAUUAGUUUUAUAUCUACCCACUGACACCCAGUGCAAAGCACAAACACUGCCCCCAGAUUGUCCAGACCUGUGUUGCUUUGUGUUGAAGUUCUCUUUCUACUAAUUAAACAUAAAACAGCCGAGAUCCAUCUAUAUUUUGAAUCCUCUUUCAGCGGGCUACAGCUUUCCCACCCACAUUGGAAUGUUUGUCAGCAUUUCAUAACAGGGAGACACUUCCAUCCAGUUCUGCUUUUUAUAAGACUGAUUAUGAUUGUCUCCAGUAGAGUAGUGAGCCCAAAGGCAAAAUUUGGCUGCAGUCUGUAGAAACUGCAUGACCUGGUAGCUGAGUCUUGUUGAGUAGACAUAGAAUGAGAGAGCUAAAUAAUUUUGCUCCUCUCAGAAGGGGAGCAAAAUUCUGCUUGAGGAAUGUUAAUAACUUGGUCGAAAUGUUUAGUUAGCUUGUCCGUUGCUCUCGUGAGAAUGUGGGUUGGGGUCUCGAGACCUUUCAUCAAGCACGGCCUUAGACAAAAUCUACCUAGCAGGCUUGUUGUGAGGACUAAUCAGGUGGAAAAUAAUAGCAUUGCUUUGAAAGGGACCUGUCUGUGCUUGGGCAGAAUUUGGGUACUGUCUCACCAUAACUCUGUCACCAGCCUUGGCCUGGAUUCAGAUUAGGGUCUAGGCUAAUGAAAUUUACGGAAUGUUUAAAUUUUUUCUUGACUUCAGAGCAGUGCGACCAAUAGCUAAAGAGGAAUUCACUUUUUAGCACAUCUUAAAAAGUCCCAGUGAGGGGAGUAAAUUACAAAAUGUGCCUGUUCCUGACACACUAAAAUGAUGGGCCUGUUACACUUAAUCAGUCAAGAAUGUUAGUAGUUGGCUAUUACGUGGAAUCAUUAAUUGGUGCUCAAUGUGAUUGUUUUUUCUUAUUUCACAUUCCUAGUUCAUCUAGAUAAUGGGUUUAUAUGUCCCUCCUUGCCUCUUUUAAAUUGCAAAUAAUGUGCUGGAUUUUAUUCUUGUGAGAAGGACACACGGCUGAAGAGUAAAAAAGGGGGGCAAGAAAAAUAAAACUGGUCAGCCUCUUUAGGUAGAGUUUUUUUAUCAUGGCAUUUUGACCGCUAAUGAGGCAGCAUCUGCAAAGCAAUACACAAGAUAAGCUAGAUGUUUUUGACUGCAAUUUAAUUUGUGUGUGUGGAGGGGAGGGUUCUGAAACAUGAAACAUGUUUUAAUAAUAAACACAAAUAAUAAUAAU